AUGCCACAGGCAAUUGAAGGCCUCCUUGUUGAUAUUUCUGAUUCGACACCAAAAGAGAAAGCCGACUGCCAUGAAAAAAAUGAUGAUGAAACUAAAGCAAAGCUCUCUUCCAAAGACAAUGCUGGUCCUAAAGCGAAGCAGUCAUUUGCAGCAAAAGAAGAUAAGCAGCCAUUUGAGGAAGAUUUUGAGCCAAGGCCAAAUGUUUCGGUUUACAAUGACUAA